GACGGCGCGAUUAAAGCCGAAAACAUAAUAAAUCCAUUGAGAAACACACGAACUUGUCCGGCAAACGGUGUGUUGAAUGUAUCGGUGUGUACGAUGGGAUCGCCGACCGCCAUAUCAUUUCCUCAUUUCCUAUACGCGGAUAACAAUUAUUUACAAUCAGUCGACGGACUGACGCCCAGACCUGUCGAUCACAGCUUUUAUAUGGAUUUUGAAGAUCAUUUGGGGGUCCCAUUGAAUGUCGCGGCGAGACUUCAAGUGAAUAUUGUGGUCGAGAAGAACCAGAAUCUCGAUUUUUCACGAAAUUUUUCCGAUAAACCGCUAUAUUUUCCACAAUUUUGGUUCAGCACUACGGCUGCCGUUGGAGACGAUAUGAUACAACAGCUAAACUUUUUGACCAUUCAUAUAAACAAUCGCCAAAAAUACAAAGCCGUCGAAAUGAAUUCAACACAUUUCUCCACUUAAUUCUUAUUAUAUCAUCCAUUAUGUCUCACAAACUGACCACGAGCUCAACCACUCAACACAAUUUCUCAAAUUAUACCUUGAUAUUUAUAUAUACAUACAGUAUAUACAUAUCAUACAUG